AUGGUGAAGAGAGUUGCUGUGAUUGGUGCAGGAGCCAGUGGAUUGACAGCUAUUAAGUGUUGUCUUGACGAGGGACUGGAGCCCACAUGCUUUGAAAAAACUGAUGAUAUUGGAGGACUCUGGAGAUUCAAGGAUGAGCCUGAAGAUGGCAGAGCCAGUAUCUAUAAAUCUGUCGUUAUUAACACUUCUAAGGAGAUGAUGUGCUUUAGUGAUUUUCCAGCACCAGACGAUUUCCCCAACUUCAUGCAUAACUCCAGAAUUAUGGAAUAUUUCCGAAUGUAUGCUGAGAAGUUCAAUCUUCUGAAAUACAUCCACAAUAAGACUGCUGUGUGUAGCAUCGAGAAAACCUGGGAUUUCCCCACCACUGGCCAGUGGAUUGUUACCACUGAAAGGGAAGGCAACCAAGACAUAGCUAUCUUUGAUGCUGUGCUCAUCUGUACUGGGCAUCAUUCAUUUCCAAACCUACCACUUUCUUCCUUUCCAGGUAUAGAACAAUUUAAGGGGCAGAACUUACACAGCAGAGAAUACAAGCGUCCAGAUAAUUUUAAAGGGAAAAGAGUUUUGGUGAUUGGCAUUGGGAACUCUGGAGGGGACAUUGCAGUGGAACUUAGCAGGACAGCAGAAAAGGUGUUCCUUAGUACAAGAAGAGGUGCCUGGGUUACACACCGUGUUUCUAAGAAUGGCUAUCCUAGGGACAUUUCAAACUUAUCUCGUUUUCAAAAUUUGAUCAGUAAAACUUUGCCUUCUUCUGUGACCAACUAUUUGAUAGAAUCAGCUCUCAACAAUAGAUUUAAUCAUUGCAACUAUGGCCUUCUGCCCCAACAUAGAUUCAAUGGUCAACAUCCAACUGUCAAUGAUGAGCUCCCUAAUCGUAUCAUCUCAGGCUAUGUUCAGAUUAGACCCAAUGUGAAAGAGUUUACAAGCACUGAUGUCAUAUUUGAAGAUGGAACAGUAGAGAAAAACAUUGAUGCUGUCAUAUUUGCUACAGGAUAUAGUAUCUCUUUCCCGUUCUGUGAUAAAUCAGUGCUCCAAGUUAACAACAACAAGGUCUGCCUAUACAAAUAUAUGUUUCCUUAUCACUUGGAGAUGUACACACUAGCGGUAGUGGGACUUAUUCAGCCAAUUGGAGCCAUUAUGCCAAUUUCUGAACUUCAGUGUCGUUUGGCAACUCGAGUUUUCAAAGGUUUGGUUAAACUACCCGACAAAGAAGCUAUGGCUUUUGAUAUUGGCAAGAAAAAAUUCAAAAUCGAUAAUCGCUAUGUGCCAAGCCAGCGUCACACAAUACAAGUAGACUAUGUGGAAUACAUGGAUGAACUGGCCACAGUUCUUGGAGUAAAGCCAGAUCUGCUGCGUCUCUUCACUACGGAUCCAAGAUUGGGCUUUCAGGUGCUGUUUGGACCCUGUACGCCUUACCAGUUUCGGCUUAUGGGGCCAGGCAAGUGGAGCGGUGCCAGAAAUGCCAUCAUGACACAAUGGAAUCGCAUUAUAAUGCCGACAAAGACCCGCACUCUUAAAAUUUCUACACAAGAUGCAUAUUUUCCAAGAAUGCUAUUAGUGGGCGCAGUUAUGAUCAUCUUGGCCAUUUUUAUGUUUCACUUUUAG